AUGGCAACUGCAGUCGCAGGCUGGCCGGAGAGCACCUGGGAGGUGUCCAGCGACAGAUUCCACAAGGAUCCAGUCUUCAAGGCAGCUUUCAAGGCUGCACGUGCAGAGAAGAGGAGGGUCAUGCAGAUCGAAUCCAAGUGGAACCCCCCUUCCUCAGUGCGUUCCACAAUUUGCAGAUGCAGGGAAGUCUACUCAAAGGUUGGCUUCUUGUCCGAAAGCGAAGUGGCCAACCUCACUGGCAGCACGGCUAAGGCCUUGAAGCUGACACCAGGAACGGUGUCGCUGGAAGAUCGCCCCGGUGAGACGCUCAAGGGCUUCUACAUGUCGCUUCAUGGAAUGCCACCCGAGCUGCGUGGUGCGAUUCGAAAGAUCAAGCUGAUCUGGAGGAUUGCUAACCAGGUUGAUGCCUACAACCUUGAACCGCAGAACCAAGUAACGCAGGACCAGCCCAAGAAGCUUUUUCAGCGCGUGUGUGAAAAAGCGGUGGAGGGCAUGGACAGUGGCCUACGGACAGUCAACAAAUCCAAGCUGCUGUCCUACGAGGCCAUAAUGGAGAAGGCCAAGAGUCUUCAGGACCGGCAAAAUGAGGAAGAGGCUGCGGCUGCAGAUGGUGACUCUGACGCGAUGAGUGAGGGUGAGGGUGAAGAAGAAUCGCCCAAGGAGGAUGAUGAGGUUGUGGAUGUGGAGAAUGAGCGCGGGGUUGCACGGGCAGCACCUGCAAUCGGCAAUGCCUUCGCUGAAGAGAUGGCCCCCCAGCAGCCGAAGAGGAGACGCAAGUCUGGAAAGACAGUCGAUCCAGAUCUAGAGGCGGAUGCAGACGUGCAGGAAACUGACAGCACUGCGCCGGACUGGCUUGCGGAGGACAAGCCUUUGAAGACUGUGGUCUCGAAGCUUGGUCGAUUCUACCGCUGCUUCCUGAACAUGAGCCCAGAGCAAAACCUCAUCAACCGCAAGCCAGCAGGGCAUCAGAUACGAGGGGUCGGAGACUCAGUUGGCGAAACAUGCCAGAGGGUCCUUCAUGACUUCAUGCUAAUCUUCAUAGCCAGCAACCUUCAGGCCCGGACUAUCUUGGAAACCAUGGAGAAGAAUGGUUACAAGGAAGCCACCACCCUGAAGAACAGAAUCAUUCUUGUGGAGCACUUGGACAGCUUGUUGCACGGCCCAUCGUACAGUGUUGUUCCCCGAGCCGAGCUUCUCUCUCACUUGUCAGCUAUCAGCCAAGCUCAACUGUCGUUGCCGACAGAUCUCAGAAUGCAGCUGCUAGAGCGGCUGGCCAAUGACUCGCUUGCUGAUGCGCUUGAGAUCGAAGACUCCAACUCAGAGGCCUUCAAGAAGGCCUUGGAGGCUUACAUGCAACGACUGCAUGUCUGGAUGCCCGACAGAGACGGUGAGGAUUACUCGGAGGUCGACCUCAGUGCCUCCAUGGUGAUCAAGGGUGCCAUCGAAGACAUCGCCUUCAAGAAGCAGUUCGGUAAGCUGUCGCAAGCCCAGGACUUCUCUGCGUGCUUGAUGGAGGCUCUGUGCUCGGACCAGUUCUACACCUUGGUGAAGAGCGUUGGGAGAAGGAAGAAUCACUAG